GCGGGAUGGCGGCACUACAGUCAGCGGUGUUCCUGUUGCUAGCAUCCUGCCUGAUUCUACUUGGAGAUUCCGAGGCACUGUAUCCUGGAUACUAUCACAAUGACUAUCCUUUGUACCCAUAUAAGGCGUACCCCUCAUAUCCAUAUGGUGGCUGGCCCUUAGAGCACUUCAAAGGUGUUCCCGAGCUCGCUGACAAGAAAUUCCCGGCCUACUACAGCCCAGUAACCUAUGAUCCGUACGUGCCCAAAUACGACGGAUUACAUCGACACUACCCUCACGUCCCAGUGUUCCGUCCAAUUCCGCCGCCCUCGUACUUCAACGUGUACAACAUCUUCGACGGCGGCAAAACCAAGCAGACGGCCACAGCACAGGCGAGCGCCGCCUCAUCGGCUGGUGGCAGCUCCAGGCAAGCAACCAGCGCCGAGUCCGCCCAAGAGAUGACCUCCAGCAGCGACGUCCCAGCGUCUCUGGAGGUCUCUGGAGAGCGGACCGCCGCGGCCAGUCCCUCGCCUGCGUCAGCUCCUGUGACCGUCACCUACGCGCCAGUGUCGGCACACAAACUGACUGUGUUCCGUCCCCCCGCUCGCGUGAGAGACCACCAUGCGGCCCCCAAGGCACACGUAACUGCUGCCAGUGUCGAAUCAGACUCCCGCAGCGCUGAGAAGCUAGUGGCUGCUGCUCCAGCCUUCACCAACCACGGCUGGUAUCCUCACAAUCCCAGACACGUGUGAAGCCAACUAGAUGCAGGGAUGAACCGCCUACCGUGAAGCUUGAUCAAUCAACGAAGAAUCUCUCCACUAGGUCUCAAGAGAUUUACCGCGAGAUCUAUGUAAGCUAGUCUAUCCAUUAUUCAAAAGCACUCGCCACAAAACUAAUAAAAUGUUACAAGCG